UUAAUUUUUAAUUCUCUCAACCGGUAUGGAGAUGCAAAUGUCAUCAGUCCGAACACAAGUGCAUUGUUUUUGUAAUCAGCUGACCGGUACGUGCGAUGUCUAGUUGGGUGAGAACGUACACAACAAGAUUUUUCACCUUACACAAUGGGUGUUUAUGGUCUGUGGCGUUUACUUGAUAAAACAGGAAAACAAGUUCCUUUAGAGACACUCGAAGGAAAAGUGUUGGCUAUUGAUAUAUCAAUUUGGAUACAUCAAGUAUUACAAGGAUAUCAAGACCGCUUUGGCAAUCCUAAACCCAAUGCGCAUCUUAUUGGUUUAUUCUACAGAAUAUGUAAACUCUUGUAUUACAGGAUAAAACCAGUCUUUGUUUUUGAUGGAGGUGUGCCAAUGCUUAAAAAGAACACCAUUGCUUUGCGCAGGAAGCAGAAAUCUAUGGCCAAGAAUAAAGCCCAACAGAUGAGGACAGAAUUAAUAAAUAAUUUGAUAAAGCAUUCUGCCGUGAAAACAGUUCUUAAUCCAGAGAAACAAGAUAGUGGUUCUUCUGAAAUAAUUUUAAGUUUGCCAAAUCAGGAUCCUGAGGAUGAUAUUUUUAAAUUACCAGAUGAACCAAGCACUAGUAAAACACAAUUAAGUCUUAGCGAUGAUUACGAUUCCGAUUCAUCUGUUGAAUUGAGUCCGCGAAAACAAACAAAAUGGAUUGGAAACAUUCAUAACGUAGACGUGAGUAGUGCCGAAUUCAAGGCAUUACCUGCUGAUAUGCGUUAUGAAAUUCUUACCGACCUCAAGGAAACAAGGAAGCAAAAUUCAUGGGGUCGUUUACAUGAAAUGCCUGAGGAAUCUCACGAAUUUUCUGGUUUUCAAAUGAAACGUUUGUUAAAACGUAGAUUAGUUCAAGAAAGUUUAGAAUCUGCAGAAAAAGAAAUGGGCGGAAAAACACUUACAUUGGAUGAACUGGAUAAAUUAUUAAAAGAACAGGGUAUAAAUACUAAUGGUCAGAACUGUACUUAUCGUGUUGCUUCGGACAGUACAACUAGAUUGCUAUAUAUAAGCGAUAAAAGUGCAUAUUUUAAAAACAAUAGUAAUGAUAUCGCGAACGAUGGAAGCGAUACAAGUGAUUCAGAGAAAAUCGAUACAGAAGUUCAUACAAAUGAUACGGAUAAAAUUGAUGCAAGUAAUGCAGAUAAGAUUGAUGAAACUGUAGCUAGUUCCAGUAAAACUAUAUCAAUUUGUGAUGAUAUAAAUGAAUAUGAACUUAGCGACGAAUGGGACAACGAUAUUGAAGUAACGAUGGGAGCGAGUAGUAAUACUGAGUCGGAAGUAGAAUUGAACGAAUCACGACCGCUACCAAAAAAAUAUUUUGGAAAAAAUUUUGCGAAUCCUGCAUUGACAUACAUGCUAGAGUAUAGUGGAUUACCGGAAGAACAAAUUCUUAAUCUUCUCGAACAGAAUAAACAGGACAAUCAGAAAGCAUGUAAAAAUUUGUUUAAAACAGAAGAUCAUGAGAAAAAGGAUAAUUUAUUAAAUAUUUUAACUUCAGAAACCGAAAAUAACGAAGAAAGUGCGAAAUCCGAUUCUACAGAAGUUAUAAAAUCUAUUAAUAAGCAGAGUACAGAAUUAUUUAAAUUAAGCACUGUAACAAAUACCAACCUAUCAUCAAAUGUUUCAAAUGUAUCAGAAGUGAAAUCAACAGAAGUAACAACGGCUAGUUCAACGGAUUCAGAUACGGAUGAUUUUAUAGAGAUAGAAGACGUACCAAUGCCAGACAUCAUCAACAAUAAAAAUGUUUCCCAAGGCGGGAUUCAAAUAACUUUUAAAUCUGACGAAAAAAUAGAAAAUGAUAUCUUUGCUGAUGUAUUUGAGGGUCCAAAUAGCGAGUCGAAACCAGAAAUAAAUUCUCAAGAUACAUUAUUGUCUAAUAAAAUACCGACAGAAACAGCAGAAAAGUUACCUGGUGUAGACGAAACACUAGGGAAUGAAAUUACUUUAACAAAACCGGACUUGAAACCAGCGGAAGAUCAAGUUAAAGAUAAACAAUUACCUGAUGUCACAAAAGUGAACGAUCUUGAGAUACAGAUCAUACAAAGCGAUGGUGAAAAAGUAAAUGUACCUUUGGAAAAAAAUGAAGUAGAAGAGACGAAUAAUAUGGAGCACGUAAGGGAAUCUGAGAAAAGUAACACGCCAGUUACAGAUACGCGAGAUAAUGCAGAUGAGCAUACGUCGAAUGUCAUUGAAAGGAUAAGUCCAACACCUAUGACCGAAGACGAAUUAUUAUCCUUAAAGGGACGUCUAGAGGAUGAACAAACUGAGUUGAUGGCAAAUAUCGGAAAAUUGGAGAGACAAGGUAUCGAUAUUUCUGAUCGAAUACGAACCGAAGCUCAGGAAUUGUUACGAUUAUUUGGAAUACCGUAUAUUGUGGCGCCCAUGGAGGCAGAGGCGCAAUGUGCAUACUUGGAACAAAUUCAUCUCACCGAUGGUACAAUUACAGACGAUUCGGAUAUUUGGUUAUUCGGUGGACAAUGUGUUUAUAAAAACUUUUUUAAUAAUAAUAAGAAAGUUCUUCAAUUCUGUCUAGGUGACAUAGAGCAUCAUUUUAAAUUAACAAGGAAUGAAAUGAUACAACUAGCGCUUUUAGUUGGCAGUGAUUAUACCGUAGGUUUAACUGGUAUUGGACCUGUUACUGCCUUAGAAAUAUUAGCAGCAUUUCCUUCACAAGGUGACAACCUUUUGCAAGGUUUAGCAGACUUUUGUUCGUGGGUUGAAACAGGAAAAGUAGCAGCUCCUGGAAAAGCGGGUUUACGAACCAAACUGCAGAACUUAAAAGUUCAUAAAGGAUUUCCGAGUCAAGCUGUGGUACAAGCAUACCUUUUCCCAAAAGUAGACGAAUCAAAAGAGGGUUUUACUUGGGGUAAACCUAACAUGAUGCUAUUGUACGACUAUACGAAAAAAAAAUUUGCUUGGGACAAAAACAAAUUUAACGCAGUUAUGACACCUGUACAGAAGAGAUUAGAAGAAAACAAAACCCAAAAGUUAAUUGAUAUGUAUUUUAAAUUACAAACUGUUCCACAAUCGAUCGAGAUGACUUUGAGUAAACGAGUUCAGAAAGCUGUACAAAAAUUGAACAACGAUAACGCAGAGAAUUCUGAAACCACAGAGGACGGGCAAUCACAACCUCCAAAACGGAAGUUGAAAUCUUUUAAUGAAAGUCAAAAGAAAAAGAGAGCACCAAGGAGCGAACAGUGCGACGAUGAUUCUACUCAACCUAAAGUUAGUAAUGUCGUUACCAUUAACGAUAAAAGUAUCAAUGAUUAUAUACCUCAAAGAGAGAAGGAUAAGGCGAACGCUUUAAAAAAGAAACUGCACGCGAUCGAAGUACUCAGAAAAUCGAAACAAGGACUCUGUAAAACCAAAAAAGUAAAAAGUUGCGUAAGAAAAGUGAAAAAGGAAGCUGAGCUUUCUGAAAGUGAUAGCAAUAGUUCAUAAAUUAUUUAAUAUAAUAUUAUACAGGAUAAAUGUUAGCCAUCAAAUUCUCGUAUCGAUGACAUUUGAUGAGCACAUUAUUUAUAAAGUGUUGUACAUGUAUACCUAUAAGUCUUUUGUGUUAAAUAAAUUUUCCUUUUAUAAUACA